GUCUAAACUACGUCAUCAUCUGUUGAGGUGGAAAACUAUGAAGAAGGAAAGACAUUUUGUUUACGAGCGAUGUUUGUGGCAGUUUUAUUUUACUUUACGUUGAUACAAGUGUGACAUUUUGUUUUCAUCAGUAUUGAUUAAGAAUUCUGAAUAAAUAGUUAAUCUAAUAGACUACAAAUUAAAAAGUUAUUGUUCACAUUUAAAGUGAAACAAAUCGACCAACGUCAGUUGUGGAUAAUCAGUGAAAAUGCCUUCAGCAGCCAGACAAAGACUCCCUGCUGACUUGUGGCGCCAAGGACAAAGAAAACAUUCAAGUACAAGUCCAGGGCUAUUUUACAAUAGUCAAGAUAUUCAAGCCAAUCCUGGACAAAUUGAUGUUAUUGAGGAAAAAUUACGUCAAGGCAACAAAUCUAAUCACAAAUCACAUAAAAGGCAGUUUAAUGGUAGAGGAAGUCCCCGUUCUUUGCCUCGCAGAGGAAGUUCAGAAACACUGAACAUGGAUCUUUCAGACUCUGAUAGCAGCAGUAGUAGUGCUGGUGUUUUAUCAAGCUCUGCAAAAUCUGAAGGCUUUGUCAGUUUCAUUCCUGCCUCUGAAGUUUGUGAUGCUUAUGCUAUGGAGUCCUCUGUUGCACCUCACCCAAGUCAAUUACCUUUCCCACCCCUUGAAUGGCUUCAAUCAUCACCCAUGCGUUCAUCCCCACCCACAAUUGGUGGUUUUUCACUGAAAACAAUUUUGGCUUGCCAUCUGGCUGCCUAGUGAUAAUGGCACUCUUUGGACACUGAAGUUUGAUGUGUAUUGCUCUAAUGGACAACGAAUUUUUCACUCAACUGACUGAGAUAUGCUUACGAUUCUUAAAACUCACUAUUUAUUUAUCUUCAAUAAGUUGCUUUUGUUAGGCUACAUUUUAGAAUAUGAAACAAAAUACAAGUUAUAUGUAACAUUUAUUUGGAAUUAUGUAAAUUCAAGGUUAAUUAAUUUUCCUUCUCUCGUGUUCUAAUUUUUGGGCAUAUAAAUUUGUUUGCUAGGUAGGGGUAGGGGGUACAUAUUAAAAUAUUCUUUAAUGCUUCUUCUCAUCCUUUUUAUCUUUUUUGUUCAAAGUAGAUUUCUUGAUUAUCUUUUACUUUGAAUUGAGUCUCCUUGUGGUAAUAUGCCUGUUCAUAUUUCAUCUUGAAUGACAAUGACAAGUUUUAAAUCUUGUUACUAUCCAAUGAUAUGUGUUCAUGUUAAUGAUGUGACUUAAUUUUUAAAAUGACAUUUUCUUUGUUAGUGUAAUUUAAUGCCAGUUAAGUAAUUUAUUAAAACAUUUUAUUCAAAGAUACGAUUUCAUGGAUUGCUAGAGGCAUACAAUAUUUAAAGGAAUCAUUUUUAUAUAGAUUUUUUACUUUUAACCAUUUUAAAAUCAACUAGUGUUUAAUUUUAAUUUUGUUUUUAAUUACUUCCAGAGUGUAGCUAAUUUUCAUAUGAAACAAAAAUACUCUUUGUCACUUAAAACAUAUUCUCUGUUUUUAUGAAUGUCAUUUUUAACAGAAAAAUUGGACUGAACUAUCAAGAAAAUUUUGUUCUACAUACAAAAUUAUCGAAACAAAAUGUAUUUUUAGCCAGCACUUUACAUGCUGCUAAUUUUUUUAAACAAAAAUUACAGUGGCUCCUUAUUUUAAAGGACAAAAAUUUCUUGUUUAUUGAAAGUCUGAUUUUAUGAAUGAAUGAAUUGUGAAUUAUAAUGAACAGAGUAAUUUGUAUAAUGCACAUUCCACAUUUGGUGCUUUUAAAUCUUGUGUAGUGAUGCUAUUAAAUUACUAGUAAUAUCAACACUACAUAUGAUUUUAUCACUUACAAUCAAUAGCAUAACAACCUAUUCCGUGGGAUCAAUCCAUGCUAUUAAUGAUUAAAAACUGAUUUAACUUGACAAAAUGUGUGAGUGUGACUGGUAUGUUGUUUGAAUGAAAAUUGUUUAUACUGUACAUUAUAAAACUUUUAUAUACUUCAUCAUUUUUCAUCAUUCAUCUAUGCGGCCAGUAUUGUGAUGGCAUUUGCUCUGUAAUGCAGUGAGAUUUUAGCUUUACACAUUUAGUAUGAAAAAGCAAAGUACUGAAUUAUUGGCAGCACUAUUGUGUUGCAUGUUUUGUUUUUUCAUGCAAAGUGGUAUUGUGAAGUCAUCUCAUAUUUUGCUUGACCUUGGAAAAAUGCAUUUUACAUAAUUAUGUUAAUGGCAGUUUAAAAUGUGGAGUAUCUUGUUUAUAUGGCAAUAAUAAUGUAUUUAUAAUGAAAACUCGUUAAAACUCAUUUUUAUGAAGAGAAAAAAAGGCAAACAUAUUCUUAAAAAAGAAAAUAAAAAGAAUAUACUCAAAGGGAGUAAAAAAAAAAACCAAAAAAAAAAAAAAAAAAAAAGAAAAA